AUGCUUCCUUAACCCUGCAUUUGGCUUUUACACAUUAAACGUUGCUGUUAACCAAGAUAACAACCACAAACACAACGAGGAUAAAAAAUAAGUUUUAUCAACACUGAAUGCGGCUCCACAAGAACAAAAAUGUGGCUGAUCUAAAUAGGACCACAUGAAUCAAAUUGAUAACAAAGAAUCAGGAAAUCCCCUAAUGAUCUCAAGACAAUCCAUCAAAGCUUUCACCGAUUGGCUGCGAAAGUGAGUAGGAUUUUUGAGUCCUUGUCAUCACCUCUUGAACCAAUGAAGAUAAAGGAGCAGAUCCACAUGGAUAGGAAUGUGGACCCAUCAGACCCUUUAUAAGAGAAACCACCAACCUCACAACACAUUCACUCAUCAAACAACACAUUCCACCGAAGAGCAGCUCCUAUAACCUCAAGACAUGGCAGCUGUUACUCUCUCAUCUACAUUCACAGGCAAAGUCAUUCCUUCGAAUGCACAGAAAGAAUUUCUAUCAGCAAUCCCCAGUAGCAAAGGUAGAAUCUCAAUGAGGAAGACUACAGGAAAGGCAGCUGCCUCCUCGGGAAGCCCCUGGUAUGGCCCUGACCGGGUCAAGUACCUUGGACCUUUCUCUGGUGAGUCUCCAUCUUACCUUACGGGAGAGUUCCCUGGCGAUUAUGGGUGGGACACUGCAGGUCUAUCAGCUGACCCAGAAACCUUUGCCAAGAACAGGGAGCUUGAGGUUAUUCAUAGUAGGUGGGCAAUGCUUGGGGCUCUGGGAUGCGUCUUCCCGGAACUCCUUGCCAGGAAUGGGGUCAAGUUUGGUGAGGCAGUAUGGUUCAAGGCUGGUGCUCAAAUCUUCAGUGAGGGUGGCCUGGACUAUCUGGGGAACCCCGGUCUAAUCCAUGCUCAAAGCAUUUUAGCCAUUUGGGCUACUCAGGUUAUCCUCAUGGGUGCUGUUGAGGGUUACCGCAUUGCAGGAGGACCUCUCGGAGAGGUCACUGACCCUCUGUACCCAGGUGGCAGCUUUGACCCAUUGGGGCUUGCUGAUGACCCUGAGGCAUUUGCAGAGCUAAAGGUGAAAGAGCUUAAAAAUGGACGCCUUGCCAUGUUUUCUAUGUUUGGUUUCUUCGUGCAAGCUAUUGUUACAGGAAAGGGACCUCUAGAGAACCUUGCCGAUCACCUUGCAGAUCCUGUGAACAAUAAUGCCUGGGCUUAUGCAACAAACUUUGUCCCAGGGAAGUGAGAUUGCAAUUUAGAAUAAAAGAAGAAGAAAAAGAAGAAACAUAUGUUAAUCCAUAUCUUUGUGAUGUAAAAAGAGCUUGAGCAUUUCUACCUGAAAUAUUUGGCAGUUUGGCACCAAUACUUCAAAAAAGUCAGAAUAAGCUUUUAUUAA